UAUAAUAUCAUGGUUGGUCCCAUCAAAGGCUAAGCCGUAUUCACUUUCAUGCUAUAUGAUCAGCUCACAGUAGCUACUACUAAAAAGGCACAUAGACUCCAUUUAUUUCUUAUGUUACAAAGGUGCACUUUUUUUCAGGUCGACCAAGGAUGCAUGCAUAUCAUUUCUUACAUUUGCAAAUCAUUUCAGCCUCCCCAGUCGCCUCCAUCUCUACUGUCGUUCUGGACUCUGAACUUGCCCUCUCUCUCUCUCUCUCUCUCUCUCUCUGCAACUGCAAACUACAAAAUCUACAAGAAUCAGAAGUUCAAAACCCAUAUAUUUCUUUUUAACUAUCUGUCUGCAAGAAUCCAAAGCUCAAAACCCUUAUCUUUCAGUUUCCAUCGCCAAGGUCUGUAAUUCUUGUUUUGCAAACUAAAAGCAAGUUUAGGGUUUUCUUUGUUCAUUUCCAGUCACGAAUUGAAAGAAAAUGUCAGAUUUCCUACCUAAAGACCUUUUGAUCGACGUCUUCACCGGACUACCCAUCAAAACCCUCGGUCGGUGCGCUUGUGUCUGCAAAUUAUGGUACUCUUUGAUCACAAACCCUAAUUUCAUCACCACACAGGUCAAUCGAUCGUCCGCGAACAGCGACAACAACCUUACACUAAUUCGAACCGGUAACGGCAAGAGCAUGCUUUACACAGUGAUAAAUUCCAAUUUCGAAAACGCAUAUGGGGAGCUCGAGGGUCCACUGAAGAGCUGCAGGGACCUAAAUUUGAGGAUAAUUGGUAGCUGCCAUGGCUUACUGUGCCUUUCCGAAGAUUUGCACAGCUACAAGGAGAAGCUUUUUCUAUGGAAUCUAUCGAUUCAGAAGAGGAUGGAUCUCCCGCCAUUGCGGGUCACCUCUCGAUCACACGGUCGGCAUAUGCACAGCAUUGGAUUCGGGUUCGAUUCCGUGACUGAUGACUACAAGGUUGUCAGGAUUGUGUAUAUUGCCGAUAUGGGUUUUGGAAAUCCUCCGGAGGUUGACAUUUUCAGUCUGAGCACAGGGACAUGA